UGUACCCAUGAGACUUAGGUAGCUUUCCAUAUCACAAAAAUGACCGGGGUUCGGGCCGUUGCGCUGCUCGCAGUGAGCGUGCUCGCUUGGACGCAGCUAGCAUUUUGCGGCCCCGAUCUAAACCCCAUAGCUGAUUAUUGCUCGCUGUUUAGACAGAUGUCUCGCGAGGACCGGCGGGCGCUGCGAAGCGCGGUUCAAGCGGUCCAAUCAUUGUCUUCUUUAGUCGCACAAGCGAAAUGGGGUCGGUUACCAGAGUACGCAAACAUGACACAGCAACUAGAAGCUUGGCUGGCUGGGAACAAGACAAUAGUGCAACAGCGAGACACGAGCGGCAAGGCGCUGAGCUGCCUCUCUUCGCGCCUGGAUAGAAUGGCAUUCCAGAGUAGACCGAUGUUCUCCAUCAUGCUGAAUUACUUCAAGAGGCCGUGGGCCAUUCGGCGCAUGGCCUCCAGUAUGGCCACCUCGUGCGGGGGAUCGGGCAUGGGGUGCGAGGCGGUGGUGAACGUGGACAACCCGCACGAGGCGGACGAGUGGGCUGCGGUGACGCUGCAGUCCAAGGGCUUCGUUGUCCCGGUGUUCAGCUCCAACGUACACGAGACGCGUGGCUACAACCGGGCAGCCAAGGUUGCGCGCGGCAAGCUGCUGGUGGUGUGGCAGGACGACCAAAUCGCGCCCGAAAGCCCCAAGUGGGUCCACGACCUGGUCAAGGUGUUUGACGCCUACCCGCAGCUUGCCAUCAUCGGCAUGAACACCUACCGCCUGUGCAAGCACCUGGAGGGGACCAACCGCUGGGGCGCGCCCGACUACUGGCUGCCGGACCCCAAGACCGGCGUGCGGUGGACGUACGCGCAGAACGUGGACUUUGCGCCGCUGGUGGUUCGCGCCGUGGCCUACUCGGCGCUGGGCGGGCUGGACGAGGGCUUCAGCCGCUCCGGCGACUGCGGCAUCUGGGGCGACUGGGAGCUGUGCAACAGGGCCUGGAUGGACGGAUGGCAGACGGGCUUCAUGUUCAUGGAGGGGCGCCAGGGCGACGGCCACGCGGGCGGCACUCACACGGGCGGCAACGCGGAGAAGUGCUGGGGGCGGCAGCAGCUGGUCACGUCCAGCGGCUUCACAAAGCGGUACGGCACUCAGCUGCUGCAGGACGAGCUGUGCGGCAAGGUGUGGGACCUCAACAUGCGCAGCUUCACACUGGCAGACCCGAACGACCCCAAGAAGUGCCCCUACGGGUCCGAGGGCCUCACACGCUUCGCCAACUGCACCAAGCCCGCAUGAGAAAUGUGUGACGGAGGGCCUGUUGAGCGUUAGGUAGCAUGGUGAUGGGUACGUGAGUGUGAGCGUGAGGGUUAGGAGUACAGGCGCGUACGUGCAAGCGCCGGACUAGUGCAGGUUGGGACUGACGGACUGUGCUAGUUAAUUAACAGAGCAAUUCUACCUAAGUACUGAUGACCAUGGUCAAGAUUGUUUACCGACGAUGCGUGGCGACAAAUAAGGCUGCCUGUCAGUCCAGACGGGUGGUGAACACGACCGUCACACUGCAGGGUUCUUGAUGUGGAUCGGUGGAUGUAUAUCGGAUGCCGGCGUGUGAUACAGCCGUACCUGUCAGUGACAGCCUGCUGGCGAGGGUGCCGUAAGCAAGGAGCUAU